GCACUUGUAUUGUAUAUCUUGUGCGCUCUGCUGAAGGGUCACGUCACGACAAUAACAAACAAAUGAUCAUACGCAGAGGUGCAGAAACGCGCCCAAUCAAACAAAGAGGUGAAUUACAAGAGUCGAUGUCAGCGCAGUAAACUCUCUUUCACAGUGCAGAAUGAACCAUCUCUCUCCCUCUCUCUCUGUCUCUCUCUCUCUCUCUUCCUGCAUGUAUGAUGGUAGUUGAAGAUGCAGCCUGGCAGAUCCAUGUUUUCCUCCGCUCACGUGGACCGGCUGCUCUGCAGAGCCCGUCAAGCUGUCGCUAAAGCCGAAAGGAGAGCUUAUUAUGGGAGCGGCUCCUGCUGUCCUAUAUCAGCAAUAGCCAGCAUUUCUCCAGUCAUCUCCAGUCAUGGCUCCGAGUGAACGCUGUCUUCUUCAUCUACAGAGCUCAACGCCGAGAGGAACGUGUUGUUUUUAGGCGAUUCAGGUAAGAAACCGUUCCGGUUAGUGGGUGGGUUGUUUGAAUUUGUUUAUUCUGUGUUUUAGAUAGGACUACAAUCUGAUCACUGUUUGUGAAGUGUCCAGAUCUGGCUUCAUCUGGUGCCACAGGUGGUGUGAAGCUCAGCUCAGCUCAAUUUAACCUCAUGUACGAGGAGAUUCCCUUCAAAGUAACCAGUUAAAAUUAAUAAUGUGUACAGCAAUAAAACAGCAAUGUGAAUUAGAUACUGUGUGUGUUAUACUGUUAAUUUCUUUUAUACAUUUAAAGAAGUCAAAACUACACCAGAGUAACCUGAGUAUUAAGCCUAAAAAUACGUGGUUAACUACUUUGUAAAGGCUACAACAACAAGCUCAGAGAGCAGCUGAAUCUUCAGAGCAGGUUUGGUGAGUGAAGAACUUCUGCAGCCAGUGAUUAAUCAGCAACAAAAACACCCUGGGUAUUUAUUAAAAUCGAGGCAGCAGGACAACAACUGAGUUAAAGGAGGUAAAGGCUUGGUUGAUGCUUCAUGUGGUUCUCAACUGGUCUCACUCUGGGCCCCACAUUUUACCAUGGUCCUUAAGUCGCGACCCACUUUUAUAAUAUUCAAACCAAUCAAAUUUAAAUUUUGAGAAAAAAUGACUCUAAUCUUUAACAUAAAUCCACUUCUUUUACUGAGUAAAGUGCAUUUCAGAGCACAUGAAGGGGGCAACAACUACUGAAGUUGCAUGUACAGAAAAUAUCAAAUAUCUAAUAAAUAUCCCAUUAAAUAUUUACUUUUUUGACCAGCUGUACGUGACCCAUCCAGAACGCGUCUGCGACCCACCAGUUGAGAACCACUGAUCUAGAUGACAUCAAAACAUACGAGAUUCAGUGAAAUACAUCCUCCUAUGACUUCUCAGACUUCAACAUUGCUGUUAGCACUUUGACAAGUUUUUUAGUGGUGAGUUUGAAAUUUCUUUGAGGCCAAUUUAAGAAUACUGUGUUACAUGCUGAGAAAAAGUUUUAUAUGUGCAUGAAUUUGGUUUCAUUAAGUCCAGUUAGUAAAGACAAGUUGUUGUUGAAACACUGAUUUUUGGAAUUCUUUAAAGAAGACUUUCUAAGAAAAUUUUGCUGGGGUGCAAAACAAUGGGAGCACAGUUCAUUGUAUUAUUUUGGAUUCUACCCGGAGUGAAGCCUGGUUAAUCAGCAACAUAUGAUUUCUCACUGCUGACUCUAUUCAUUUUUACAUUUUUGGCAUUGUACAUGUUUGGGGUUUUGUAAAUUUAGGAUUUCUUACUUAUGCUUUUUAUUUUUUAACACAAACGCUAUUUUAACUGAACUCAUUGCAUUCAUGUUUAUUUGUGGGCUGGAAGGGAGAAAAUAACCAAAUUCAGUUCAAGCUCACCUCGGUAAUAUGCAUUAGUUUUAUGACUAUCAGGUAGAAACCAACAACAGAAAAAAGAAAAAUAACAUCAGUUAGGUUUCAAUAACACAAGAGAAUCUUGAAUUUUAGUGUUUGAACUCUGAUUUAUUCCUGAUCCUUUCUUCCCAGUAUACAAAUCAGCCAGAAUGAAGCGAGGAAGGACAGGUCUCAAAUCAAAAUGCCAGACUUUCCCCUCUCAUGAGGAGAGGGCAAAGAGACAUAAGUGGGGGGCAUCCAGUUUCACCCUAACUCCAUUAGAGGACUGGGGGAACCUGCCACACCACGUCGUCCUGCAGAUCUUCCAGCACCUGUCCCUGGUGGACCGUGCCAGGGCCUCGUCCGUGUGCCGUCGCUGGAAUGACGUCUUUCACACCCCUGACCUGUGGAGGAGAUUUGAGUUUGAGCUAAAUCAGCCAGCCACGUCUUACUUGCGCUCCACUCACCCUGACCUCAUUCAGCAGAUCAUCAAGAAGCACGCCCAGCACCUGCAGUAUGUCAGCUUCAAGGUAAGAGCCAAUCCUGCUGUUCUCACCUUUCCUCCUCUCUUCCUUCUCUUCCAUCUUCAUAUGGCUGUCUUGGCAUAAGUGCACUUAACAGAUCCAGGCUGAGAUUUUUCUCACACCUCUACCUUUUCAUUCCUCAUUUGCUGAUGAAUCAGGUGGACAGCUGCACAGAGUCUGCAGAGGCAGCCUGUGACAUUCUCUCCCAGCUGGUAAACUGUACCAUCAAGACCCUGGGGCUGAUCUCCACGGCACGACCCAGCUUCAUGGAUGUGUCUCAGGUAAGAGGCUGUCUCUGUUUCACAAACACAUUCACUGCUGCCCUAUUUGUUACACUCAGAGCCAUAAUGCCAGGCUUGAGGCUGUGAUCAUAUUGUAGAUCAUAAUCAGCUAUUGCUGUUGUAACUUCUCUUCCUGAUCUUUGCACUUCUUGCAAAAAACCUUUAAUGUGUAAAUAUGGAUACAUAAUUAUACGGUUAAAGCACCUGUGAGAGCUUUCAUUUUGAGGUGAUUUAGGUAUCAUGGUCCUUGUAUUUCUUUACUUUUUUCACGUUUGUAUCAAGUAGCAUUUUUUAAACCAAAAAAAUAUAUAUGUAUCUCACCCAGGUUUUUUUCAGAGUCAAAUGUGUCACUGGUUCUGGAUAUUUGUUUUGGGAAUAGUAUAAAAAAGUCUGUAACAGAAGAAUUUGUCGCUCUGUAGUACUUUCAGGCAUUAAAAUAUCAAUACUUAGGUCAUCAGUUUUGCCACUAAUGGCCUAGUUUCCAUUUUGUUAUAAUAUGACAUAAAAAUAUAUUUAUUUGAUAAGCAGUUCAGAAACUCCUAACGGUAUCUUGAAAUGAAUUUUGUUUGUCCUUCCUCAGUCCCACUUUGUCUCUGCACUGACGGUGGUGUUUGUCAACUCCAAGUCCCUGUCCUCCAUCAAGAUUGAUGAUACGCCUGUGGACGAUCCGUCCCUGAAGGUGCUGGUUGCCAACAACAGUGACACUCUGAAGUUGCUAAAGAUGAGCAGUUGCCCUCAUGUCUCCCCAGCAGGUAAAUACACUUUACAAUAAACAAUCUCUGUUUUGGUUAUUUGAAUUAAAGGAAUAACUUACAUUUACGUUUCUAGGGCUGAUGUUGGUUUGUUUUCAACUGAGAACUGAUAGCAUGAUCAUGACAAAGUUUGAAAUAGAUGUUUUGGCAGUUUGGUUUUUAAUCAGAGCAUUGAAUAUUUAUCCUAAUCAUAGAAAUAAUGCCACAUGGAGUGCAAGAGGACUAUGAAUUUCUGCUGGCUAUGUAUCAUAAAAAAAUCUGACUUUGGUGGCUGGGUUGUGUCCAGAAGGGUGGUCAAGUUUAGCAUGGGUCACCCUUGAAAUCCACAUAGAGCCCCCCAAAUCUUCAACUAUUUGGACUAUGUUGCAGCUGGAUGCAAGUAAAAAUUGCAAGUUAACUCCUGUACGCUCUGUCAAAAACAGAAAUAUUAGCAAGAAUAUGGUAAUGCUGUACUUAUCAUUAAACAGGGGUCACUUUUUAAUAGAUUGCAGUAUAAUUUGAAUGUACUUGUGGGGCAAAAGCAACAUAAAAUAACGAUCAUAGCAUAUAUUUAUCAGAAAAACAGCACAAGUUAUCAAAUAAAAUUAAAACUGGGUUUUAGAGAUUUACUGCAGAGUAACAAGCAAAGUGGAGGACCAGCUGACCAAAUGUGCACUCCCCAGGGAGAAGUUUAUUUCUAAUCCUUUCAAUAUUUCUCUUUCUCAGGUAUCCUGUGUGUCGCAGACCAGUGCCAUGGACUUAGGGAGCUGGCGUUGAACUACCACCUCCUGAGUGAUGAACUCCUGCUCGCCCUCUCCUCUGAGAAACAUGUCCAUCUGGAGCACCUGCGCAUUGACGUGGUGAGCGAGAACCCAGGGCAGACUCACUUUCACACCAUCAAAAGGAGCAGCUGGGAGGCUUUGGUCCGGCACUCCCCGAAGGUCAACAUAGUCAUGUAUUUCUUCCUCUAUGAAGAGGAGUUUGAGCCCUUCUUCUGCGAGGAGACCCCAGUCACACACCUGUACUUUGGCCGGGCAGUAAGCAAGGAGAUGCUGGGCCGAAUAGGACUAAACUGCCCCCGGCUGGUGGAGCUGGUUGUGUGCGCCAAUGGCCUCGAGCCCUUGGAUGAAGAGCUGAUCCGCAUCGCAGAACGCUGCAAAUGCUUGACGGCCAUCGGGCUGGGAGAGUGCGAAGUGACCUGCAGUGGCUUUGUGGAGUUUGUGAAGAUGUGUGGCGGCAGGCUCACUCAGCUGUCAAUCAUGGAGGAGGUGUUAAUCCCUGACAGCAGCUACAACAUGGAACAGAUCCACAGUGAAGUGUCCAAACACCUGGGUCGCAUCUGGUUCCCUGACAUGAUGCCCACUUGGUAAACUGACAUGAAACCAAGAUCUAAAAAGGAACAUGACUUCUGUAGUGCUAACAGUAAUACAUUUGACUGUAUAACAGACUUAAGAAUUACACAAAGCUUCAGGAUUACACUGCAGAGUGUCCUUUGUGAACAGUAAGUCAUUGUCUCACAUGUGUUUUUACCUAUGGUGAACUUCAUUCAACACUGUUAUAAGGUUCUCUUCAUCUCACCUAAAAGCGACCACAGCUCGAUUUCUUUUUGGCUACAUUGUGGGUUCUCAGCUGUCUUUCUAUGCAUUGAUAUUGUAAUGUGAAAUUGUGUAUGUGGUAGUUUCUCUCAGGUUUCAUUGAGAGAGGGUCUGAAUUUACAAAUACUCACAGCAACCUUUAUGGAGGUCAUAGAUCUGCCAUCUGCUGGCUGUUUAUAAUAGAAACAUCAAAAUCAUCAUUUAAUCCCAGCAGGUUGCACUGAGACUAAAUUCAUCAUUUUAAGGAGGGUUAACCCAUCAGCUGUCUACUUUUGCUAACACACAUUUUUAAUCUUUGUUCCUUAGUGAAUUUUAGGUCUUAUUUCUUGUGAAUCUGAUCUUAACUUUCUUGAUAUUUCCCUCUGAAUCUGCUUUUGCUUAUGUCUGUUAUGUCUUACAUCUCCCAGGAUACAGUGUCAGGGCUCAUGCGUUCAUUCAUGCUGAAGAGUAAACAAUAGUAGUAGUAAUGCAGCUCCGACAGAACAAGAGUGACCAGUUUAGUCGAUCUAUGUCACACCCUCAUGUAAAGCACCCUGGGUGUUUUGUAUUCUUGUGUGUUUGAAUUGGUGUCAGUGCAGAAUAUAAUGUUUCAUCCUUAGCUACUUAAUUCGUCUUUGGUUUUCUUUUCAGGACAUGUUGUUUUAUUUGGAGCUUUAUAUAAGUCAAAUAAAUCAAAAUCAUUCAAACAGAGUAUUUUCUGUCAUAGUAGGAGUUGUUUUUCACGACAAUAGAAACUGAGUUUUUCUUUCAGUUGGUAAAGUGUGUCGUCUCAUAGACUCAUGACCGUCUUUAAUUCAAAUUGAGAGACUUUUUUUAGCCAUUGAGCUACAUUUUUGCUGCAUUGUGAUUUUUUUUAACUCUUUUUAUCAUUUAGACUUGUCCAUUUGUCAUCAAACAUAGAAAAAUAGAGUGCGUCAAUAGAGUGUAGUAUGCCACAGUAACAGUGUUAAAAUGUGGCAGUUGUUUUUUCUUUGCAAAUAUUCUGAGAAACAAAAAGAAAAUUCUGUAUUUGUUGUUUCUGUGAUGCUUUUGUAUGAAUUUCUGUACUUUAUUUUGUAUUUUAAAUGAACAUCCUGUUUUUUUUUAAAUGCACUGGCUAAAGAAGAUGAAGGUUUUCAUAGGAUUUUUUAUUUGAACUAGAGGCUGGUAUGCCAAACAUUUGGCAGUCAGUGUAUUUUUAUCGUCUAUUUUUGCCACAGAAAUUACAAUAUCAACUUUUUUUAUUUUAUGUAGCAGUUUUUGAUUGACAUGUUGAAAUGUAUUUUGAUAAAAGAAAUGACCUGGUAUAUUGAGCAAAUUAACGUAACAAUAUCCAGUGCCAUGCCGCACCAUAAUGUACAUUACCACAACUGCAGAGAUUUGCCUGUUAUUUUCUAAAAUGAUUUGUCGUACAUGUUUACAUGUUCUUCAUUUGUGCAGUAUUGAUAGGCCUUCUCAGGUUUGCCUCACUUUACAAGUUACACAUCUAAUUUUUACUCAUGCUGUUUGAGAAAUAUAUUUUUUUAAAGCUCCUGUUAGGAACUUUCUGUAAGUCAAUUUUUGUGCCCCUGUGGACAACUUGAUAAUUUUUGUAAUUGUAUGUGUAAUUAAUGUUUUUUGUUUGUUUCUUUUUUGACAAAAAAAAUGUCAUCCUACUCUAUUUAAUUGACAAAUACAUUACAAACUGUGAAAAUCUCUGGAAAAAGUAAAAAGAGUUUUUGUUUUUUCAGCGUGCUGUAAUGGUCUGAUACCUCAUCCACUUUUACGCCACAACAGUUACAGGCAUUGAAAUUUAAAAAUAUAAACAAGGUUGAUAUUGUUGUUGAUGAUCUUGUUUGCUUUUGUAGGUCACUGUACAUUUUAUUCUGUUACAUGCAUCGCUAAAAACUCCUAAAAGGGGCUUUGUUAAAUCAACUAAAAUGUGUUUUAACUCACUGAGUCCCAUCUAAGCUGUUUUAAUGCCUGUUUUUCUGACUUUGUCCCAUUUGACCUUUAAGUAGUUCCUAAUUUUCACCACUAGAGAGCAGCAAUGACCUGACCUGAGGCAAUGGGAACUUAUAUAAGCAGAGCUGCUACUGUAAAAUGAAGUAUGCCAAUGAUAACUCAGCCUUUUUAUGAGUGGAUUCAGAUUGGGCACACUCCAUUUACAUAAAAAACAUCUGACUGUGGAGCUGGGAAGCUAUUUCCUCUGAUUCAGAAUUGAUCAUGUCGCAUGCAAUACAGAGAAACACACAUCGGGAGGACAAAAUAUAUUUGUGUUAAAAUAUAUUUUCUCAUCAGUUUAUUUUACAGAUAUACACAUAUUCCACAAAACUGAUCACAUGCCCAGCCUAUAGACAUUGAUUUUUAAAAUAAAGACGUAUUCAAUGGAAACUCUU